AUGUUUCGACCAGGUGGUUCACAUUCUAAGAUGGUCAACGGUAACGAUGAAAAAAAGGAUGAUUAUUAUGAGAUUCUGGGUGUUCCAAAGAAUGCCACUGAGCAACAAAUUAAAAACAGCUACCGCAAACUGGCGCUGAAAUAUCAUCCUGAUCGUAAUCCUGGUGAUCAAAAA